AUGGCAGGAACAGGAGUUCCGCCAAUCAAUAUCGAGGGCACCGCUGAUUGGUCAUCCUUGAGUAGGAUGAUGAACAGCAAGGGGAUUCAAUUCUCCAAAGCGACGACGGCGGGUACCAGUGUGAAGGUAUUCACAAAUACACCAGCUGACUACCGUCAGCUAGUCGCACUGCUGGAAUCCAUCAAGCGGCCCUUCUUCACAUAUCAACUGAAGGAGGACAGGAUGGACCAGAGGGUCAUUCGUGGGCUACCCAGAGAGAUGUCAGUCAAUGACAUCAAAGAGGAUCUAGUGAGCCAAGGCAUCGCAGACGCCGAGGUUCAGCAGAUGACCUCAAGGACCACAAAGAAGCCACUUCCGCUCUUCCUCGUCAAGACGAAGAUGCCGGAAAAGCUUGCAGAGAUCCAGAGGCUGGCCAUGCUCACGGUCGGCUUCGAGAGGAAGAAAAAGUCUUCCGAGCCCAGCCAAUGUUACCGCUGCCAGCGGUACGGGCACACACAGCGGAACUGUCGUCUCGCUGAACGGUGCGUUAAGUGUGGAGAGGACCACAACAGCACCAGCUGCAGUCUGCCAGCGCCGCCAUCAGGGCAACGAAACGCCAAAAAUGACACAAAAAGAUUUUAUCGUAUAAUCAAUAUGAAAGAUUCUAUCACACCACCAGACCCACGAGGAGUAGAGAGUUUCCGGAAAGAUAUCCUCGAAAAUGACGUCCAAUGUAAUAACGAAGCAAAGUGA